AUGAAGUUCUCUUCUGUUCUUGUUGCCUUUCUCGCUUCCUUUGUUGUUGCUGAGGAGCAGCCCGCCUGUGGUGUCCCCAUUGUCUACCGACUCUUCACUCAGCCUGAGCUCUCGGCUCCUCUCCACAAGGACUGUCCUGCCAACGCUGACCUUCCCCUGUCUUGUUCCAAGGAGAUCACCGACAAGGACUCUCUCUGUUGCGUUCAGCAGCCUGGUGGACUCGUUCUCCUAGCCCAGUUCUGGGACUACGAUCCCGGCUUCGGCCCCGAGGAUGCCUUCACCCUCCACGGACUGUGGCCCGACAACUGUGACGGCACUUAUCAGCAAUACUGCGACAAAGAGCAGGAGGUGUCCAACGUGACCGACAUCAUCAAGAAGCUCGAGCCUUCUCUGCUCGACUACAUGAACGAGCAUUGGGUCUCUGACGACGGCGACAAUGAGUCCUUCUGGGAGCACGAGUGGAACAAGCACGGAACUUGCAUGUCCACCCUCAACCCCAGCUGUUACAAGGAGGGCACUGACAAGCACCAGAAUGUUGCAGACUACGCCCGAACUGCCAUCGCUCUCCAGAAGGAGCUCAACACUUUCGGGUUCCUCGGAUCCAAGGGCAUCUGGCCUUCUGAUGACAAGACCUACCCCAAGCAGGACAUCGAGGCCGCGCUCAAGUACCACCACUCCAACUCCAAGGUACACAUUGCCUGUGACAAGUCCGGAGCCCUCAACGAGGUCUGGUACUACUUUCAUAUCCAGGGUGCCAUUCCUUCCGCCGAGUACACUCCUGUCGAUGAUACUAUUCCUAAGAACAACUGCCCAGACCAGGUCAAGUACCUGCCCAAGAAAUUCAACAGCACCAAGCCCGCUACCGGCUACUAA